UUCAGCAGGAUUCGCCUAACCUUAAAGUCAUAAUUCAUUACGAUUUUUAAAUGCAAUCAAAAAAUGAAUAAAUUGGCUAUUCAUUUUUCAGUUCGAACAUCCUUCGUUUCAAAAGGAAAUAGAUAUAUCUCCAUAUCCUCACGGAGAUGUUGUAAGAAUGAGGAUGAAACUAAUAAUUUGGUUGUAACAAAAAAAGAAAAUAAAGAUGGUAAUAAACCUGAAAAUAACGACAAGUCGAAGAUAACAAGGUUGAACAGUCUUUUAAAAGAGAUGAUAUCUGCACCUAAAGUUACAGUUACCCCUACAUUAGAGUUGGCCAAACCAAUACCUAAAUGGGGAAGCUUGAAAGAUAAUAUAGAUCAUAAUACAAAAAUGUCGGAGAAAAAAGGACAAAUGGAAUCACCUAAACCUAAAGAGGAAAACAUUCUAAAAGCAGCUAAAGAGGUUGCUGAAACUCUUGGAGGGGAUACAAAGCAAACUGAGUCUGAAUUAUUGAAGAAAUUACUUGGCAGUAAUGGAGAGGACAAAUCAGAUGCGGUAACAAGUCUAAGUGAUAUAUUUAAAGGCAUGAAAAUCGAUACAAGCAAACCUCAGGUAAAAGUAACAAGUCGUUCCGAACAAGUGAGGAAAAUAUUAGGUAGAAAUGUGGGAAAACAAAAACCUUAUCAGGAAAGAAGAAAAACUAAAUCUUUUGAACCGUUAGGAAAAAGAGUAAUUACAAAAUUAGAUAUUAUUGAUCUAUAUGGUAGUGAACCCUUAGGAAUAUUCACAAGUCAUCCAAAUGAAUAUACUGAACAUGUUAAGAAUUCUACAUGGGAACUACUAACUCAGAGAGAAAUGAAACUUCUUGUAACUCAUCCUCCAAGUAAUUAUUUUCAACAAAUGAUACUAUGGACUGAGCAAGGAAAAUUAUGGAAAUUUCCUAUUGACAAUGAAGCAGAUCUUGAGGAUGAGAGCAAUGUUUCAUUUGCUGAACAUAUCUUCUUAGAUAGGCAUUUGGACCCUUGGUGCCCACCAAAAGGACCUAUUCGACAUUUCAUGGAGUUAGUAUGUGUUGGAUUAUCUAAAAACCCUUAUUUAACUGUCAAUGCCAAAAUAGAGCAUAUUGAGUGGUAUAAAAAAUAUUUUGAAGACAAAAGACAACUUUUGAAAGAUGUUGGUGCUGCUUUAAAUGAAUAUGAACCAAAUAAAGAAAUUAAUGCAGAAUAAAAGUAUUGAAGUUGAUUAGA